AUGUCGAAACGCCAGGCUGAUCACGAUGAAGAUAUGCAAUAUUACAAGGCCGCCGAUUUAGGCAAUGGCCGUACUCGUAAUGACAAAAACGAUUUGAACGAAAUGGGCGAGUUUGAAGACGCUUGGGAAGAUGACUUUGAGCAAGAGUCCGGCGACGAACAAGAUCAGGCCAUGGGUGGCGACGCAAUUGAAGAAGAGGAAGAAGAAGAAGAAGAACAAGAGCCCGAGUUACGAACCUAUCUCCCGGGCCAGCCUCUUGAAGAAGGCGAGCAACUCGAGGCUGAUCAAUCCGUAUACGUUAUGCUUCACAACUUGGAUGUUCGUGCACCUUUCCUGAGUUUCGACGUUUUGCAGGAUUCAUUAGGCGAAGAACGAAAGAACUUCCCAGCCACAGCCUAUGUUGCUGCAGGUACAUCUGUCCCCGCCGCUCGCGAUAACGAAGUGUUAGUGAUGAAGAUGUCACAGCUCCAUAAGACUCAGCAGGAUGAUUCAGAUGAUGAGGAUGAUGCAGAUGCUUUGGACGAAGAUCCAGUCUUGGAAUACCGUUCGAUCCCACACAAUGGCUGCGUUAAUCGCUUGCGUGUCAUGCCACAGCAACAGGAGAAGCAUAUCGCCGCUACAUGGUCUGAAACCGGAAAAGUUCACAUUUUCGAUCUGUCACCUUACAUGAAGAGUCUUGAUGUUCCUGGCACUGCCCUGCCAAAGUCAAACAAACCGUUCGCCACAAUCAACAACCACGGUCGCUAUGAAGGCUAUGCAAUGGACUGGUCUCCCUUGGAUGCUGGAAGAAUUUUGACGGGUGAUAAUGCGGGUCUCAUCUACAAUACCAUCGUACGACCAACAGGUGCUUCAACCGAUAACACUGCCUUCCGAGGUCACAAAUCGUCUGUAGAAGAUCUCCAAUGGUCUCCUACUGAACGUAAUGUUUUUGCAUCUUGCUCUGCCGAUCAAACUGUCAAGAUUUGGGACACGCGAAGCAAGAACCGAUCUGCAGUCACCAUCCAAGCCAGUACAUCCGAUGUAAACGUCAUCACGUGGAAUCAAAAAGCAAGCUAUUUGUUGGCCAGUGGUCAUGACGACGGUGUCUUUAGUGUUUGGGAUCUUCGACAAUUCAAGGGAGAUAACCCUACACCAGUGGCUAGCUUCAAGUGGCACAAUGCUCCUAUUACUUCGAUUGAGUGGCAUCCUACAGAAGAGUCUGCUCUUGCAGUAUCUGGUGCAGACGAUCAACUGACGCUGUGGGAUCUUUCUGUUGAACCCGACGCAGAAGAAGAAGGUCGAUUGACGAGCGAAGGUGUCCAAGUUCCCCCACAAUUGCUCUUCGUUCAUCAAGGCCAAAACGAGAUUAAAGAACUUCAUUGGCACAAGCAAAUUCCCGGCUGUGUUCUCAGCACUGCAAACACUGGCUUCAAUAUCUUCAAAACUAUCUCAAUCUAG